AUGUCAUAUGAAUCAUUUGUGCUAAAAGAUAAUGGAGUUUGUUUGAAGCGAAAUUACGACUGCGAUGAAUUAGAUUUCAAUGAUGAAGAUGAUUUUGUAAAUCUUACGAGCUUUGAUAACAAUACAUACGAAUAUAAUUUAAAAAGUAAAAUAGUGAGUCGAUAUGGAAAAUCAAAGGAUGAUAUAGAAAUAUUCCCCCCAAAAGAUAAUUCGGUAAUUAAUGGGACGUUUCUUUAUAAAGAUAGACUUACGAUAAACGAUGAUAAUAGUGAACUAAAAGCUAGAAUAAGAAAUUCCUUGUGUAAUAAUAAUAAUAAUCUUAAUCUAGAUAAUAGUAAGAGGGAGUCGAACUUAAAAUUAGAAGGGAUAUUACACGAAAAUGAUUACUUAAUUCAAUUAAGUAAAUUAAAGAGACAUGUUAUAAUUGAAAUAUUUGGUGGGAAAUGUUUUAUAAGGGAAUAUUUAUGUACAGAAUUUUUGAAAAGAGUAAAACAAUGUUGUCACGUAAAUUAUGUAAAAUAUAAGAGCGGUUUAAUAAAUUAUCGUGAUUGUAAGCAAUUAUUAGCUGAAAACAAUAAUAUUGCAAGUAUAGAAGCUCGAUUAAACGCCAUAUUAGUAUCUUUACCCCCUUUAACUUGUAUCAUUUUACAUUCUAGUGUAUUUCUAGUUAUUAAGGAAGAUUUGAUACGAGAUGAUUUAAUUAAGAAAUUAUGUAAUGUUUCUAAAAAGUAUACAAGUUUAUAUAAAGUUGAUGUAAAGGUUAUAGAAAAAAGACCUUUUGAAUUUUGUGCCCUAGAAUGUGUUUUUUCGAGUGCUAUUGAACAUUUACAAGCGGAAAUGAAAUUACUAAGUAAAGAUUUUGCAGAUAUUAAAUUUACCUUAAAGGUUACCAAUUACCAAGACAUUUUAACAAAUUUACACAAUUUAAAGGAACCAACUAAUAUCUUAAUGAAUAAAGUAAAUUCCUUUAUUAAAGCUUUUCAUGAAAUAUCUGAAAAUAACGGUGAUUUAAAAAAAAUGGAAUUAACUAAGAGUUAUUUUAAUCCUAAUAAUAAUGAGGAAAAUAAGGAAUCAACUAGUCAAGAUUUACAAAUGCUACUGGAAUAUUUCGAUCAGGAACUUCAUCAAAUACAUGACCAAUUAAAAAAUUUAUAUGAUUUAAUGCUUAAUUUAGAAAAUAAAAUUGUUUCUGAUUUAUCACUUUCCAGGAAUAAUUUAAUAAGAAUGGAUAUAGUUAUAAGUUUAAUUAAUUCGGGGUUUGGCAUAGGAACACUAAUAACAGGGGUUUUUGGUAUGAACUUAAAAAUAAAGCUAGAAGAACACGAUUUUGCUUUUCUUUAUGUUACUGGUUUAGUUACCUUUUUAUGUUUAUUAACUGUAAUAAUGUCUGUUUAUUUUUUUAAAUGUAUUCGAAUCUAA